AUGUGUCUACCAUUUUUCAGAAAGAAGAAGCAACCAAUGGUGUACGACUACUACCCUCAACCCGCAAUGGGCUACUCAAACAAAUACGACAAGCACGGGUACUCAAAGAAGUACAAGAAGCAACGCAAAUAUGAUCACAUGGGAUCAGCUGUUGGCAACGCGGCAGGUAUCUGGGCGGAUGCAUGGGGCGGCAGUGGUGGUGACGGCGGCGGAGGAGGAAGCGGUGGUUGUGAUGGAGGCGGCGGCGGUGGCGGAGCUUGCUAG